UUUUGCUAUUGCACAAUGACGGAAGAAAAAUCGAAAGUUGAGAGAGGAACAAUCACCACAAAAAGACAACAGCACGACACAGACAUACUGAGAGACGUGUCCCAUGAAAUAGCAGAACUUCAUGUCUUCAUGUUGCGUUGGACUUGUGGCCCAAAAUUCUGCCUUUAGGAUGUUCUUUCUUGCCGGGGCUGCUUUGCUCCUCCAUGUGUGCGUCGACACAGCAAUCGCAUCACAGAGCAACAACUUCUGCAAGGGGCCCUUCUGCAUCAACCUCGACAAAACCGAGAUUGUAUCCGAAGCGGGACUCUGCACCGUCAUCCCGUGCUCCUUCUCCGCCAUUGACUUCACGCCUCAGAGCAUGGUGUGGUUCAAGUGCUCCCAAAGCAAAAGCAGAUGCGGCGACUCGGAGAUCGGUUUCCGGAACCGAGUUCGGAUGCUGCAGUCCAACGUGAGCCGCUGGAACUGCAGCAUCAUGAUCAACAACCUCAGACCCUCGGACUCGGGAGCGUAUCAGCUGAGAGUUAAUGGCCUGCUGCGGAACACCGUGGAAGGAUUUACUUACAAAAAGCGAGUGUUGAUCACCGUAACACCUCUCAGGCAGAAGCCCACCGUGUGGUCCGAGCCAAUGACCGCCGGUCAAUCGGCGAUGCUCACCUGCGUGGCCCCGGGCCUCUGCUCCGGCUCCAUCCCCACCAUCAGCUGGGCGUGGAAGCAAUCGCUAGACAACGACACUCACGCCGUGGUCCCUAACGCGACGACUUUCCAGUGGGAGACUUUGACACCGCUCCAUUGGAGAUACAAGUCAACUUUGACCUUCAACGCUAAUGCCGAACACCACGGUCGCGACGUCACUUGCCAAGUCUACUACUGGGGAGUCAACGAGACCACGGAGAAAACCGUGACACUGAAUGUUACCUAUGCGAAGCCUCCAUCCAUCUCUGGGCGGACGACGGUGAAAGAAGGCGACACCUUAACUCUUUUGUGCAACGCUGACAGUUUCCCGCCCUCUCGCGUCUUUUGGAACCUUCCCUAUUCUAACGGGACCAACGUGCAAAGCGGAUCACAGAUGAGCCCGACCGGAGCUAGCGCUUUUCUCGUCAUCCCCAACGUGACGGCGGCCCACUCUGGACGCUACCAAUGCGUAGCGACUCACUAUACGGUCCACGUGAAUGUGACGGUGACAUGGUUCGGGGGAAUCCUCAACGGAUCGGGAUGUUCGCUACGGGGGCCGGUGUUGACCUGUGUGUGUAUCAGCGGCGGGGUCCCGCGACCCUCCAUCAUGUGGCCGUUGCUGGCCAACACGACGUUCUGCAGCGCCGUCACCGCAGUGUCUGACGACAGCGUCAACAGCAGCGUCACGCUGAUUGUCGACGGUCUCAAUAUCUCUGCGGUGGAGUGUGUCAGCAUGCAUCAAGAUGGCGGCCUCAGGAAAACACUGACCGUUCAACGCAAAACAUUAGAAUGGGAAGAUUCAGAGCGAGGUAUGAAAAAUAUGACAACCAUGUUUCGCCUGAAAGUCUUCAUCGCAUUUUUGAGCGGCGCGCUACUGUCAGCCAUCUUGUGCUGGUUUUCCAGGACUUGCUGCCGGAAACCAAAGAAAAGCCCUGGUCAUCUGGAUCUGGAGCUGGUGGAACCACAAGAUGAAGAUGACCCACAGGACUCUGGCCGCAAAAUUGUCGGCGAGGAGGCGACCAAAGCGGACGUGGAGUACGCCAGCAUCAACUUCUCCGCGUUGAGGAGAAACAACACCAGGGAGGUUACAACCACUCACCAGGCCACCGAGUAUGCUCAAAUCAAAACAAAGGGAAAUGGUAACGAAUCACUGGAGCAUAAUGACGAUAAAGAAAAGGAUGAAAUGACGGCGGAGAAUAGGACACAGUGUAACAAUAAGAAUGAAGAGAAGGAAGAGGAAGCCUUGUAUUCAAAUGUGAAGGACGCUAUGAUGUCAUGAACGGCCCCCUUUGCUUUAAAUUCAGAUGUUUUCAGCUGUGGUACAAAAGCUGCAAAAGAAAUCACUCACAGGCAUUUCAAGAUGUUUUUUUUAUUGGCAGUGUUGAAAUUCAUUGGAGGCAAUGGUGAGACAAUCGUGACAAUGUACACUUUAAUCACAUUUCGAAGCAUUUUAGACUUGCAUUGUGUGAAAUUAUUACAUAAAAUAGUAUUUCAGGGUAGGUGGUAUUGCGAUACAUAGAUGGAGGUUGUCUGUGUAUAUAUGUGUGUCCGUGUGUGUAAUUAUUAUAAAUAUUUCACAUUUUAAAAUGUGUACUUACAUUAUAUUUGUCCCUGUAAUGUUUUUU